GAGAUUGGUGGCCCCAUGGCAUGCAUGUAUCUGCUAGACCAUCCAGACCACUACACCAGUCACUUAUUCCAAAGGUUUUAUUGGAGAUCAUAUGUGAAUGAGGUCAAGAAAGCAUGGGAACCUGCUCUAUCUGGAGAGGAAGGCAAGAAGAAUCAGUCAGAAGAUCAGAAGAUUGUAAUAGCCAACAAUGGAGGCAAAGUCAUUGGAGUUAACACUGUGAUGGAUUACAUGUAUAGACCUGAGAAGUAUGAGUCAUUAUGCUUGUAUGACUGGGUAAGAAGAUUGGUGAAAGGCAAGAUGUCUAAG